UGACUGUGGCGGCGCGGCGCGGCAGCAGCACAGCGGCGCUCCGUCUGCGAGACUGACUGUGGCGGCGCGGCGCGGCAGCAGCACAGCGGCGCUCUGUCUGCUGGACUGACCAGGGCGGCGCGGCGCGGCAGCAGCACAGCCGUAGAGGGAGCAGGGCGGUUCGCGCGCACCCAGCCCGGAGCCGUGCGGCGCCAGCAGAGCAUGCCGGGGGCGGGCGGGCGCCUGCGACUGCCGUCCCUGGGGGCGGACGCGGGCGGCGGUGCCUGCCAGCGCGAGCAGCACCGCGUCGUGGUGAUGGGGGCGGCGCGCGUCGGCAAGACGAGCAUCAUCGCGCAGUUCCUGUACGACCGCUUCUCGCCGCGCUACCGCGAGACCGUGGAGGAGCUGCACCGCGGCGAGUACGAGCUGCAGGAUGGAGCCACGCUCACGCUCGACAUCCUGGACACGUCGGGCGCCUUCCAGUUCCCGGCCAUGCGCGCGCUGUCCAUCUCCACGGCCGACGGCUUCCUGCUGGUGUUCGCCGUGGACCAGGCCGAGUCCUGGGAGGAGGUGCGCCGCCUGCGCGCCCAGAUCCUGGAGACGCGAGGACCGCGCGUGCCCAUCGUGGUGGUGGGCAACAAGCAGGACUCGCCUGCGCGCGCAGUGCCGCGCGAGCUGGCCGAGGCGGUGGCGCUGUUCGAGUGGGAGUGCGGCUACGUGGAGUGCUCGGCCAAGGACAACUGCCACAUCGUGGACGUGUUCAAGGAGCUGCUGGCGCAGGCCAAGGUGCGCUACAACCUGAGCCCGGCCGUGCGCCGCCGCCGCCAGUCGCUGCCCACCUACGCCAGCUCCGCCGCCUCCAGGGGCCGGCACAUGCUCAAGAGGAACUCCUGCACCGUGGCCUAGGCGACCUCGUGCGUGCAUCGGCCGCUUCCAUCGCGUCGUCGGCUUGGAAUGAAACCUCCUUACUCAACAUUUUGGUUAACCACGUAAACAAUCAUUGAAUAAUUAUUAUUAGGGACCGGAAAAAUUCUCGGGUUCAAUGACCUCAAGGAUGAACUCCAUAGUUCUACGUACACUCGGUCAAAUGUCACCCACUCAUUGGCUGCUGUCUUGUGAGACGUCCCAACGUAGCAGCCGGUGAUUCGAUUAAGCUUUGGUGGGGUGUUUCUCAUUGGUCCAGAGUCACCCAGGUGAUUGGUGAACCAAUAGCAGAGGCAGCACUGAGGUAUAACUAUUUGUAUUUUAGCCUAUCGCUAAAUGAAUUUGCGAAUUUUACCGGUCUCUAAUUAUUAUAAUUUUUUGACGUGAUAACGUCUUAUAAAUCGAUGAACGCCGGGUGCACGCACGAAUAAUUAUCACGUUCCACCUGAGCCGAGCGUGCAAUGAAACGGCCAACCACCGUGCGAGAAAAUCUUUUAUAAUAUCAAACAGGUUUAGGCGGGCUUUUUAAAACUAAUUGUUCGUGAUUAUAUUCAAACAAAUUUAUUUAAAUUAAAUUUUCAAAAACUGUAAAUAAUAUUUGAAAAUUAAAAAUUUGAAAUUUUUCAUCAAUGUUUUCUUAUGAGUAGUGACCGGAAAAAUUCGCGGAUUCAUUCGGCGAUAAGCUAGAAGUCAAAUACAUAUACCUUUUAGAUAACUUUUCUAUUGGCUUACUGUUCAUCGGGACGAAUCUCAACCAAUUAUAAACCUCCAACCAAAGAAGGAUCGAAUCACAGACAAACCAGCUGAGACGACUUACAAGUCAGCAGCCAAUAAAUUGGCGUUAUUUGGCCAAUUGUACAGGGAAAUGUGCAGUCUAUCCUGAAGACCAUUGAAACCGCGAAUUUUUCCGGUCUCUACUUAUGAGUUUAUCACGUAAAAUUGUCGUCCGUAAACCGACAACCUCCUUUUUUUAUAACCAAUUUUUCAUUCUAAGCGGACGAUACGAUGAUCUCUUUUUCGAUUAUACAUAUACAUUUGUUGCAUAUAAUAAUUUAUCGUUCAUUUUCAAAACACCAGAAAGCAAGAAUCAAAGUGACAAUUUUUUAGUUUAAAUCUGCUGGAAAAUAAAUUCACAUGGCUACAUUGAUCAAACAUUAAUGAAAUUGUAAUGCACCACCCUACGUUUUGCUUCAUGUACAGCCUUGAGAUAAAAUUCGAUUGGUUACUGUUUGUGGUGAGUACUUAUCUUAAGAUACAAGCAAAAAUAUACCAGUCCACUGAAGGGUAACUUAUUAAUUCCUGCUUCAUUGUUUUCAUUAACUUUCUACUGUGUUGUAAAGUUUAUGUCUUAGUAAAUUAAUGUUUUACAGGAGAAAGUCUAUGUUGAGACCUAUAAUAGCUUUAUCAGCUCUAUACAUUUUCUAUUUUCCAAUAAAUAAAAUGAAAUAAUUCACCAGGUCACUUGUCGGCUGCAAACGCCAUCACGGUGUCACGUGUUGACUGUCCUAUGACAGCUGCCUCUGCGAGACACACAGUUAUAUUACAAAUGAUUAGUUGUUGUUCUCUUCAAACAACAGUUAAGGUUUUUCUCCUUCAACUUGCGAAGAACUCUGGUUACAUAUCUUCCAGGGGGUCUUCUUAAAUUAUCAAUCUUUGGAAGAAAACGGGUACCGAUUUUACUAUCCAUAUGCAUCAAGGCACGGUCUCACACGCCAUGUGGAAUUUUUAUUUUUUUUCGUCAAUUACUUUUAUUUGACGGCUAUUUCUAAACUUUCAACUUGAUACUUUCUUUGGAUUAGUUGUUCUGCCACAACUUUUCUCAAAAGUUAUUUACUUAGUGUAAUAAUAUCAUGGGUGUAAAUGGCGACAAAAUCUUCGUAAUUAUCAUCACCUGCGCGACUAUUUACAACCAUGAUAUUUUAUAUACUGAGUGGAUAUCUGUUGAAAAUAUUUGCAGUGGAAAAAAAAACAUGCAAGGAAGGCAUCGUGUUGACGUUUUAAGGACAGCCCUUAAAAUAGUAAUGCCGAAGAAAUAUUAUAAAAAAAUCAACACGACGUGUGAGACAGCCUUAAUUCAGAGGAUAAUCUUUGAGUCACAGCAAAAACCAUCUAAAUAUUUCUAAGUCUACAGCAGAAACCUUCUUCUUCUCUCCACGUUCCUGUUCACAACGGAAAAUAACACUCGAAGAUUUAGUUAUCUGAAACUACGUUGAGCCCUUCAUUUAUUGCAAGCGCAUUAUGAGUUGAGACCCGAAAAAUUCGCGAAUUCAAUGACCUCCAGGAUAGACUCCAAUAUCCUCUACACACUCGGGCAAAUGUUAACUGUUCAUUGGCUGCUGACUUGUGAGUCGUCUCGACUGGGUAGCCUGUGAUUCGCCACUUCUAUGAGUGAGGGUCUCUAAUUGGCCCUCAGUCCUCCAGAUUAACAUGUUUUCGGAGGCCCGAAGGCCAACGCACCCUCCUUCCGCCCCUCCCAAAUGUGCGCCCUUUAAGGGUAGAUUGGGAGUCUGUUUUCAUAUCUGUAUAGUCCAGGGCCCCUUCCUACUGAAACUGCCAGAUCCAGAAAACAUGUCCCCUCCACCACUAUGGAACCCAUAGUGGCUUCUUAGGAACAUGUAGACUGAAAUCCCCACAUGGGGCUAUAUGCAGGUAAGGGUUCAAGUCAGGCGCAUUCACAGUCCAGCAAAACCAACACCAUAAUAUAUAUAUAUAUAUAUAUAUAUAUAUAUAUAUAUAAGUCCAUUAUAUGUCCUUUAUAUGCCAUUAUAUAUUGCGAGUUAGGUAACUUGAAUCCCAACAAGGAAGUGCUUAUUCACUACUUUACCCGAAAGUCUUUGAAUACCGCCAUAAAUAUUGCAAUUUCUGACAGCGUACAGAAUAAAUAAAAUCUGACAGAAUCGCACCACACGGUAGCUAAAUGUGUGCGAAAUACUCGUAAGAAAUUUAUUUAUCUGAGCAGACCGAUAACUAGAGACCGGAAAUAAUUCGCGGAUUCAUUCGGCGACAAGCUAGAAGUCAAACACAUAUACCUUUUAGAUGAUUUUUUUUUCUAUCGGCUUACUGUUCAUCUGGACGAAUCUCAACCAAAGAAGGUUCGAAUCACAGACAAACCAGCUGAGACGACUUACAAGUUCAGCAGCCGAUGAACUGGCGCUAUUUGGCCGAGUGCACAGGGAAAUGUGCAGUCCAUCCUGAAGGCCAUAGAAACCGCGAAUUUUUCCGGUCUCUACCGAUAACUUUCGCCAAGGCGUUACCUCUCGGCAGGUGUUUGAGGCCGGCAGUUUCUCUCAGAGGAGGUUGCUCUUGUGCCGGCGAGGUGAAGGGUGGCGGACGAAGAAAGCCCGUGGGUCGUCUGCAAUAUCCUCUCCGGAAGCGGAAGAGGAUGCGACGGCCCCGCCCCCAGGAUGACGUCACAUCCUGCGCCGCGUCGCCACGGAGGCGUCGGUAAGAAGGUGGACGUCACCUGGGGCAGGGGGGGGGGGAGGGUGGAAACGAGGCCCUUCAUAGGAGAGUCGAAGGGGAGUUUCUUUGUUGACUCCGGCCGCACAGCCGGGCAGAACAAGCAGAGACCGCACUAGAAGGCCCGUUUCAAAAAAGCUGCGGACUAAAACGAGGCUGUCCAAACAAAACAUUACAUUCAGUCAUGGGUAGAGACCGGAAAAAUUCGCGGUUUCAUUGGCCUUCAGGAUAGACUGCACAUUUCCCUGUACACUCGGCCAAAUAACGCCAGUUGAUCGGCUGCUGACUUGUAAGUCGUCUCAGCUGGUUUGUCUGUGAUUCGACCCUUCUUUGGUUGGAGGUUUAUAAUUGGUUGAGAUUCUUCCAGAUCAACAGUAAGCCAAUAGCGAAAUCAUCUAAAAGGUAUAUUUAUUUGACUUCUAGCUUAUCGCCGAAUGAAUCCACGAAUUUUUCCGGUCUCUAGUCAUGGACAAGAUUUUCAAACGUCACAGGAAAAUGAAAAAAAAAAUAUUAAUGAACUGAAUUUGUGAAAUACACACGUUUAAAAUUAUACUGAGUUCCUGUGUCAUGUGCAUAUAUAUAUAUAAAUUUUUUAAAGAUGAAAUUGCACUCACAAUUUAUUACGUCAAGUAUGAAGUGGAAAUAGCUCGGAAACAGUCAUUUGAAUUGCUUGAUUUCAGUGUAGAUCGCCAUUUAUUUCUCGGAAUACAGUGGCGUGUUUUAAAUCAAACUAGUGUUGCAGUUAUAUUUGAGUCACACACAAAUCCAUUAAUUUUGUUGUUUUCAUAUUCACAUUAUAACAGGGGGACCCAUUCAGAGUCUAAACUGCAACAUGAGUUAGAUCAUUUUGCUUGAACUCCUUGGAUGGGAAGCAUUUGAACAAACUUUUUAUAAAAAGAGGAUAUUUCUUCAAGGUUAUUUCUGUCAGAGGAGUCGUAAUUUAACAAUAUAAAUAAAUAAUGGAAUUUAUUGAAAAUUUAUUGCGCAUAGACAUUAGUUUAAAGAUGUUUUAUUUUACAGUUUCCUUAAAUACUUUUAAUCUAUGGUCAUAAAAAAAUUUAAAAUUUUUGGUUACUUUUAUUUUUUUAUUUGUCACCUCCGACCAAUGCAAAGGAGAUAUUUACUUUUAUUUCGCGUAUAGUUGGUAUUGAAAUGAAGUAAGCCCGCCUGCGAGGCUGAAGCUCCAGGCCUCCGAGGCAGAUUACCCUCGACGUCACGUCAUGAAAAAUGAUGCCCUUUUUCCUUUUUCCCCCCACCGUGGCACAUGCAACUGCGACACAUCACAUCGCGGCUAUGUCCCGGUUCCCAAUACGCGCCGGGCGAAAGGCGGGUGAUUCGUGAUUGGAGGCUCGGGGCCCGAAUGUGAUCCGAAGCGGCAGAAAGAGGCACGGAAAGAGAGGAAGAGAGAGAGAGAGAGACAGAUCCUGCGCUGCUCAUCCUCUCACGUUACAGGAUCGACGCGAUCUGAAGAGCUGAACGGGGGGAGGGCAGGGGUGUGGAAGAAGCGGCGAGUACAGACAUUCUGCGCCGGUAAUGACUUCUGCUGUAACACGACCCUUCGCGCAGUCGUUCAUUAUUACUUCGCCUCGUAUCUUACCGGGAGCUUCCGUGGCGUCUUGUGAACGGCCGAAACAGCGGGAAGAUAUUCGCUCUGAAUUACACAGACCCGACAAACCUCGGGCGCCGGUUGAUCACGACAAGAGAAGUUGGAAACACCAGUUUCUAUUUUCCAAUAGAUGGGAUGAAAUAGUUCACCAGGUCAGUUGAUGGUUACAAAAGCAGCCACGGGGUCACGUGUCGACUGUCCUCUGACAGGUGCCUCUGCGAGACAGACAGAGUUGUGAUACUAAUGAGUAGGGACCGGAAAAAUUCGUGGAUUCAAUGACCUCUAGGAUAGCCUCCAUUAUCCUCUGCAUUUCUCAAGUAAACACGCGUGUUCAUUGGGUACUAAAUUGGGAGGCGUCUCCACUGGGUAGCUUGUGAUUCGACGCUUCUUUGGUCGAUAGUCUCUCAUUGGCCAAAAGAGCUCCAGUUAAACUGCGAGCCAAUAGCAGAACCAGCAGAAUUGUACACAUGUUUGAAUUUCAGCCUAUCACGAAAUGAAUCCGCAAAUUUUUCCGGUCUCUAAUAAUGAAUCGUUCUCGUCCAGAAAAAUGGGAUCUGUUUUAAUUAAAAUUUAAACUGUCAUCAUUUAACGAGCAAUUUAACAAAAACCAACUUAAUUUAAAGUCUCACUUUUAAGGUUUUUUUUAUUAUUACGUGAUGAAACAAAUUGGGCGUAUUUUAGCCAUUGCACACGCAAUAUCAGAAUGUCUAAUAAUUAUCUUCUAUAAAAUUGAGUUUUCACAACAACGAAUAAAUCAUGGCGGUUCCGAGACAAUGUGAAUUAUUGAGUCUUAUUUAACCAGCCUAAAAUUCUGGCCCAUAUUUGUGAAUAAAGAUAAAUGAUUUUAGAAACGCUGUUACAAGUGUAUUCUCCACGAAUCCACAGCCACCUUCUCUAUAUCACACGUAUAGAAUUGAUGUGAAAUAUUCCAGUUUAUUUACCUUAUAGUAUUGAAUGAUUAAUCUUUUGUGUAGGUUGUAUUUCCAGCUUGAACUGUAUUACUACUUCCACUGCUAUAAAGCCCUGCAUAGAUUAGGUUCAAGAAACACGAUGUUAAACAUUCUGUACUGUCCUGUCUUAUCAAUGUGUACUUCAUGUUGUGUAUUCGUCAUAAUAUGAUGUCUUGAGCAUAACAUGCGCACGUCCUGUGUGAUUCAGGGCGGGAAAAUUUCGCGAGGACAAUUCAUUAAGUUAGUCUUCAAAAUACUCUACACACUUGAACGUAUAUAGUUUGUUUGUUGCUGAUUCAUCACUUUGUGACAUGUCUUGAAUGACUUAACUGUUAUUCUGUAUUUACUAACUGAUUAGCGAUUGGCUCAAAGCUCAACGAGCCGUUUUGUACGACCUCUAAACCAACUAUGAAAUCAGUAAAAACUUUAGGUGUUUUGAUACUUGGUUAAUCUGUUGCCAAGUCUAUUCGCGAAAUUUUCUUGUCUUUAUUAGUUGUUACACUACCUAAUAACUUAAUCUUUAUACUAUAAUUUUGAUUCAUAUUUCUCAAAUACCAAAUUAUUGGAUAUUUUUAUUUAUUGUUUUAGAUACGUACUUUAUCCGAGCGUUAUUUGAUACAAAUUGACUGUGUUUUACUAAAAUAUUAUUUGAUUGUGUGUCCCACCUUCUUUCUCUCUUCCGCACAUAUAGUUCUUCGAUCUUUUGGACAGCGUUCGGAACAGUAUUACCACAAAUGUUUAGCAUGGGAAAUGGGUACUAAGCAAGACUUUAUUUUUGCGUAUCUUCUUUUUGUUUGAUUGCUUCAAACCCCCCUCACCCAGAAACUCUGAGCUUGUAACAAGUACGUUGACCUUGACUGAACUUAUUCAGUGAGUUCAAGUGAAAGGGAGAUAUAGUUUCUAUAAUAAACUGCAGCAGAGAACAAAUGAAGCCGCGCGUUUGACGUUGCUCUGAAAAUUACCACCGUAAAUUAUAUUGACUUCACUGGUGGUAGGUAUUUCUUGGCUACUCGAUUAUUUCCGUUAGAACAUGUUUUUAAAUUUUAGAUUGUAAAUAACGGGAACAUGUUUGAGCUUAUUGACCUACAUGCCGUACUUCUUAGGUCUCUGUGAACUCUAGCCGUUAUUUUGCCUUGAUCUAAAAAAGGAAUUGAUAAAAAAUUAAUUUUCCAUGCCGUUUAUUGUAAUCAUUGCCUUUCGCCAUAUACAGGCGAAAAUAUAACAGAAUCCCUAUUUCUGAGACCAAGAAGGAAAUGUUCCACGAUCAAAAAUUUUUGUCGUUAUUAUGUUACUCUAAACCUUUAAUGCCUGAAUUGUGUACGGUUAUCAUUCACUCAUUUUAAUUGGAUGAUUAUAUGAUAAAAUGCAUUAUACUAUAAAAUACGUAAAGAACCUAAAGUCUCAACCUAAUUAAAUAUCAUGAGCAUGUACCUAAUAAAUCUUUUAAAUAAAAAAAAAUACGGAACAAUUUAACGAUCUCAUUUGUGUUAUACAUGUAACUAAAAUUGUUCAAAAUAUUGAGCUACUGGUUUGGAAAUGAAAUUUAAAAAACUUAAGACAGCAAAAGCCUGGUUAAAUCCAAAUAUGUUUGAAUUGGAAGGAAGGGAUGGUUGAAUAUUUAGUUGCAUUAGAAAUUCAUCUUAAUAAUUCAACCCUUUAUAUAAGUUUGCCUACAAUUAUUACUUUUUUUUUCAUUUAAAAAUUAAUUUGAACGAAAAUACAUGUAAAACUAGUGCAUUCUUUCUCAGAAUGUAAAGUACGUAAAGUAGUGAAUCGUGGAUUGAAUCGUUGACUGGUCAUUUUGGGGGGUGCGAGAAUCAAAAUGGCUUGGAGUGCUAGCAUGCCAUAAUUCGUAUUUGUACUAAGCAUACUAAUCAGUGGCCAAAAAAUGACAGUUGAGAUCAUGUUUUUAAAUCAUACGAAUAAUUUUGCGUCCACAAAAAAUUAUUUUAACGAAAAAAUGUUUUCGUAAUAAUUAUUACACAUUUUGAAUGAAAUCUUAAAGAUUUAGGAGCUCCAAAAACAAUUUUGUAGUUGAGCGCACAUGCAAGACUUUAGAACAGUGAGAUUUAGCAAAAUAUUUUGUACUGGCUAAUGUUUUACUUUACACAGUGAAAAAUUGCAGGCAAAGAAAAGGUUGUUUUCAGUUUGAAUAAGGCUGCUUUUUCUCCUAUGAUUCAUUACUUUUGUUGUGAGCCCCCUUUAGUUUUUAAGUGGUUCGCUGUUUUAAGUUGAUUUAAUGCCAAACCGGUCAGUCGAGUGUUGUGUCACACACUUAAAAAAUAACACUCUAAUGUUCAAUGUGUUCGUGAAUCUCAGUUUUUAAAUUUUAUAAGGACCUUUCUUGAAUUACUUACGAAAAGAAUUAGCAUAAGCAUGAGAGUAAUUUUUUUUAUAAAGGUCAUCUAAAACUAAAGAGUAUGCAGUUUUUCAAUACAUGCAUGUGCAUCUUACGUUUGUAAUGUUAUGUUACUUUUUUUGUAAGUUGCAAUGUGUAAGUAACCAUAAUUUGCUUUGACUCCCUUGUGUCUAUCUAUAUCACAAUUUAGAUAAAUGUGUCAGAGCUUAACAUGUAAAAUUUGUUUAUUAAAGCAAAAAAAGUGUUUAUGUGAUGAAAAUACACAGUUACUCUUUUACAGAUCAUGUUCUUUGUUAUGCGAAUAAAUAAAAUGUACAGGUGAAAAUUUGUAUAGUCAUGGACGUUUUUUGCAAGUCAGUGAUUUGACAUAUCUGAGGACAAUUGUGUACUACGUGAGAAGUGCUAUGCUAACUGGAACAGUUAAGUCACCUCGGAAUGUGAGUGGGGAUGUAUGAAAUAAUCAUCAAUAUUUGUAAUGUUUAUAAUUUUUAAAUAAAAAAUUAAUAAUUAAA